UCCAAAUCAAAGAAAACGACUAUGAAGUUAUCUUCAUCAUCUCCUCCCAUUUCCAAUAAAACAACUUCACUCUCACAUUAUCUUUCCAUAUUGUUACUCAUUUUCUUCUUUGCUAUCUUUUUUUACGUUCAAGAUAUCGCGUCUCUUUUCAGACGCGAUAUCAUCCCGAACACCAACCCAUUGCCAUUAACCACCGAGAACGGUAAUUACAAGGAGUUGCAACAUACAGAAAAUGUGUGUGACAUAUUUAGUGGAAAAUGGGUAUGGGAUCCAAUGAACCGGCCGUUGUAUCAAGAACCGGAAUGUCCAUAUAUUCAACCGCAGCUGACGUGUCAGGAACAUGACCGGCCGGACCGGGAUUAUCAGUUUUGGAGAUGGCAGCCACAUGGUUGUUCUUUACCUAGAUUCAAUGCAUCACUGAUGCUGGAAACAUUAAGAAAUAAAAGGAUGAUGUACGUUGGAGAUUCCUUAAAUCGGGGUCAAUAUGUAUCGAUGGUGUGCCUUCUCCAUUCCCUCAUUCCCGAUCAUGCUAAAUCCAUGGAAACUUUUGGGUCUCUCACCGUCUUUACUGCCAAGGAUUACAAUGCAACCAUAGAAUUCUACUGGGCGCCGUUUUUACUUGAAUCAAACUCAGAUGAUGCUGUCGUACAUCGUAUUUCAGAUAGGGUUGUACGAAAAGGUUCCAUUAACAAGCAUGGAAAACACUGGCAAGGGGUUGAUAUUAUUGUUUUCAAUACUUACCUAUGGUGGAUGACAGGCGUUGACUUCAAGAUCCUGCAUGGAUCGUUUAACGACAAAGAGAAAAAAAUAGUACAAAUGUCGACAGAGGAUGCUUAUAGAAUGGCAAUGAACAGCAUGUUGAAAUGGACAAAGAAGAAUAUGGAUCCUAAGAAAACAAAGGUCUUCUUCACCAGCAUGUCUCCAUCUCAUCAAAAGGGCAUUGAAUGGGGAGGAAAACCAAAUGAGAAUUGCUACAACCAAACACGACCAAUUGAGGAUCCAAACUACUGGGGUUCAGACUCAAGUAAAAGCAUAAUGAAAGUAAUCGUAGACGUGUUCACGAAACAGAACUUUCCCAUAACAUUUCUAAAUAUCACACAACUCUCUCUAUACCGAAAAGAUGCCCAUACGUCAAUCUACAAGAAGCAAUGGAGCCCUUUGACACCUGAACAAAUAGCCAACCCAGUUAGCUAUGCAGAUUGUACACAUUGGUGUUUGCCUGGGCUUCAAGAUACAUGGAAUGAGCUCUUAUUUGCAAAGCUCUUUUCUCCUUGAUAAGCCAAAUUAGUAUAAAAUUCAUUCAUAUUCUUUGUUGCACAUAUUAUUGAUGUCUUAAUUUGAAGGUACUUUUGUGUAGUCGAAUUUAAAAAGUCCAAGAAAAAUAGCUGGACUCCAAACAAUAGCAUUUUUUAAGGGCCGUUUGGUUCAAAAUUUUUAAGGGGUUGUUUGGUUCAAAGAUUUUUUGACCCAUCAGCCGUAUAAGUUUGUUCAAUGAGGAUGCACUUUAAUUCAAAGUUAUGAAGUUAUGACCGAA